AAUUAUGCUUUAACAAUAACAAUGAUUUGAAUUUGUUUGAUAAAAUUUUAGAUGAUAAUGAUCACCUAAUUACUACUAAUGAAGAUGAUAGUUUGGCUGAUUUUGAAGAAAUAAAUGAUUCAGAUGAUAAGAAUGAAGGCUUAUAUAUUUUAUUCAAAGGACAAUCAUUUAUGGAUUGGAAGGAAGUCAAAAGAAAUGAACAAGACCAAGAAAAUGAGCAAAGCCAGAAGUAUAAGCAAAGUCAGAAGUAUAAGCAAGGCCAGGGAUAUGG